AUGUCGAUGCGUGGGCCAAUGCGGCAGUCUCACUUGAGGCAAGUGAGCGCUGCCAGCUUGGAAACACUGUCAACCGCCCAUUCCCAUGCAUCACGGCGGGAUCAUGAUCCUAUCCCCGAUGAGCGUGCCGUGCGCAUGUUUCCGAACGGGAGCCGGCGCCAAUGUACCUUGUGGGUUCACGAUGAGACAUUUUCCCGCGAAGAAAUCCUCUUCAACCCAUCAGCCUUAGGUGAAAGCGGAGUCCAGAUUGGUGAUGUCGUUGAGAUUCUGCCCGCCCGAGCGUCUGAGGACACGGUCCAUGUCGCCUCGAAGCCUGAUGCGACGCCCAAGGCCGCCCGGGAGAGUCAUAUCGAAUUGAACUCAAAUCCCCAGUCGGAUUCUACGUCCAAAUUCAAGACUCCCCUGCAGAGCCGGUGUUUGUUUGUCGUACGGCCUUUACCUCCGGAGGUGAAAGCUCGCCAACCGAAAUUGGAGGUAUCAGUGACAAGCAGCGUAGCCAAUACGUUCGGGUUCAAAAGUCGCACCCACGUUUUCCUAUCCGUCGUGGAUCGUCAACAGUGCGCGGCGUCCCAUGUGGACAUCUCCUUCCGGGACCAGUAUAUGGUCCGGUCAGAUAUGUGGCGGUUAGUCAUGUCUGAGCUUGUGGAUAAGAUUGUCUACAAAGGCCAGAAGAUCAUGUUCAUGGGAAGCAUCAAAGCUACCGUCAAGAACAUCUUCAUUCGAGAAAAGAAGGUUUUGUCAGGGUACUUUUCUCCACAGACGAUCCCCGUUUUCCGAAGCGAGUCCGCCAAAUAUGUUCUCUUCAUCCAGAUGUCCCGGGAAAUGUGGGAUUUUGAUUCUGAAGGCUCGGGGGACAUCUUGUUCAGUCGCGUCAUCAACGGAUUCCUGCCAGAGCUCUUCAAGCGAUGGGUCAAUUCGGAUGCGAAACAUCUUGUCACAAUUGUCCUCUUCACCCGAGUUGAGUAUGAAGCAUCCGCCAAUGUUAAUACAGACAUAUCUGCUGGGGAUUCCAGCAGUCAUUCUGGGCCGAAUGGUGUGCCGACGCGAGAUUUCUAUCGGGUUGUGGUCAAUGACAUGGCGUCUGGCCAUUGGACUACGAUUUUGGAUGAAUUGAAGAAGAAUUUCAGAACGUUUCUUCGAGAUGUCUCAAUUUUGAAAUCCAAUGAGCCCGAAACGGUAAAUGGAGGUUUCCAAAACUCUUCCAAUACACAUACGGCAACAAUUGCCGGGCGGCCCAGUACAGCCUUGCGUGGCAACAUUCUCGAGGCCAUUCACCUUGCUUCGGCUCAUUUAGCAUAUGACCAUAUUGACAGAGACAUGGUUCACACGGGAACUUCAAUCAUUGUCAUAACGCCGGGGAGUGGCGUAUUUGAAGUCUCGUAUGAAUCUCUUGCUUCUACGACAGAAGCGUUAACAAACUGGGGUAUUGCGAUUGAUCUCGUUUGUUUGAGCCCGAUGCCUUUGCACUCCGUCCCUCUUUUCAAAUACCAAGGGCCGGUCGAGAUACAGCAAAGGAGCGUGAAGGAACCCAGUGAAGCUCCUAAUUUGUCUCCAGAGGUGCAUCCCUCCGUAUCGAGUCUGGUGAGCAGGUCUUCAUAUCUGUCUCCAGGGUCUUUCCUAUCCGCAAGCCGGAUGAGAGAAAGGAAUGCUUUACGGCCAAGGAGCUGGAGCUAUGGCAUUCCCCAUUGGUUGGAUAUAUCAUAUUGGAACCCCGAGACUUAUCGAGAAGCUCGGCGAAUCCUGAAGAACGACCUGAAUGCCCCUAUUCCCUUCACUGUCACCAGGCCCUCUAAAGCCUUCACGCCUCGGGUUCGGAUGUACGAGAUCCAGAUGAUGGGUGUGAUGGAAAGCGAACAGUCUAAUAUCUCUAUCCCUUACUUACUGGAAAACCGUGAAAUGGCAAGAGCACGCAGCUCUUGGCUUGUUCAAAAUCAAAGUGCACGCGCAGCACCAAGAGCUCGCUUCAUCAAUACUUCAUCAUACAAAGCCCAACUCAGCGAUAGUCUCCGCCCAGAAUCUCAUUUGGUUGAAAAUGCUGCGGAUCAUAAUGAAUUAAGUCCAAGGGAGCCCCCAAGAUCUCGCAAAUCUGUGAUGGCUUGGAUGGAUCAGUAUGAUGAUAACAUCUUCGCCGCAACGCCCAAAAGGAACCACGGGCCAAGGCCAAAAACAAAACGUGCUAGUGAAGCUGAAGUUCAGGCCGUGAGUGCUCAUGAACGAAUAUCUGCCCGGUCUGUCUACGGCUUAAGGGAGCGCGAAGUGAACCAGGGCGAUGGUAGUCAGUUCCCGCGAGCAGGCCCUCGCAAGAUUGACGCAACUGCGCCCAUGAAAAGUCCCGCUUCAUCAAAUACUAGUAGCCCGCCGCCCCCGAAGAAGCCCGCUUUGAAGAGCAAGUCGAUUCUGCCAUCUUCAAGGAUCUCAAGAACAAUUAGCUUCGCACUUCGUGGUUUGAGUGCCACUCCACCUAGAGCUCAAGCAAGUACGGGUGUGCAUGUGGAGCACGCGAACGCGAUGCUUAUGUCUAAUCAAAAACCCACCGGGACAUUUUCGGACACUAAAAGCAUAACUUCUUUGAGUCCAUCGGAAGGCACGUCAACUCAUACAAUUGCCGGAGUCUCCUCCAGACCGUCAACGCCUCCGAAAUCUCUGCACGGAACUCAAGUGACCCCUUCGAAGCCGAUAUCCAUCAGAGCUCCGAGUCAGCAGAAAACGCCGUCUGAGCCCACAGAAACGCAAGACGCUAUAAGGCCCCGAGAGCCUCUGUCUUCCUCCGCAACCGAGUUGCCAUUCAAUGGUGACGGCCGUACAGAACGCUAUGGUCGCCCCAGAGAUCACAAACCUGAAUUGAAUGUCAAGAAUGGCUCACGUGAGGAAUCCAGAGGCUCUUCGGGCAAGGCUCUGGCCCCGUGGGUGCGACCAGUCAACCCCUGCAACACUCCAAAAGAUGUUUUGCGCAAAGCAAGCUGGUUUGGUCGCUGGCAGCACGCUUACCCUCGCCCACCCCACGUCGCUGUGGUGAAAUGGAAGAGCCUCAAGUCACCAGCUAUUCUCCCUUUGACCACGGAGGAAUUCCCGACCCGUAGCGAGCUGGCCACCGACUAUCUGCAGACACCAUAUCGGGUCUUUCCUAACGAUGAAACAGAAGGUAUCGAACCACCAAAAACUCGGGGAAUACUUCUCCGGGAAAUGAUUUCGCUCCGACUCUCGCAUGGAUUCCAAAUCGUAGUUGGAAAAAUGGUUGCUGAGAGUGCAGGCCAACCUAGCCUUGAGUUUUUCAAUGUCUUUGACACUCGAGGGCUUGAGCGUGAUGGUGUGAUUGUCUUUCUCUCAAAGGGAAAUGCUAUCCAUCGCCUAAUCACUGUCGAUUCUAGCGAGAUCGAGGUCACACGUUUCACUCAUAACAAAUCUGCAGCUCUGGCGUCGCCCAAAAAGCCAAAAUCCGCUGUGUACCGUUCAGCAAUGAGAACAAUUCUUAGGUCUGAGUAUGAACUCAGGGAGAUUCAAUUGGACGCAAACACGGAAGAAUACAAUUGGAACUACGCGGAUAACUAUGUUGCAGGUCAUCGUGAUUAUCUUCAUAAUCCCGCACAGCAGCUACACUUUUGGCGCGUUCGAUACGUCCUCAUUCCGAUGCACCUCAACAGCACCUCGCACCGUCAUUUGCAGUCUUUCAAGGAUGAUAAUGAAGAAGAGAUACACCUACUUGGGAUCACCCAGCUGACGAACCUCUGGCAACGAAAUAAGUAUGUCUCACCAGAGGAGAAGCGCUUCGACUCUUCGAAUAAGAAAAGAGACUUGAAUCCUCUCAAUAUCAUGUACCAGACGCGCAAUCCGUCCGAGGUCGUCGCAGCUGAACUAGACCGAGUGUUGCUUGCUGAUCCUGGGCUUGACCAUCUUCCAUCUCAGCUCCUACCUGAGGCGGAGCUACUUGAGAGAUCGAGCGUCAAUCUAUCUUCUCUGGCCCACAAGAUCCAAAGUGACAAGGGUGUCCGGAUGAUGGAUCGGCGCUGGCACUGGAGAUUGCAUUAUAACUGUUUCAUCGGCGUGGAGUUCACAACAUGGCUGCUGCAAAACUUCCGGGACAUCGACACUCGGGAAGAAGCAGUGGCCUUUGGCAACGAGCUGAUGAAGCACAACUUGUUCCAGCAUGUUGAGAGACGGCACAAUUUCAGAGAUGGAAAUUACUUUUACCAGAUCAGUGCUGAGUACCGCGUCAAUCGUCCUGAAUCUCGAGGUAGCUGGUUUCCUCAACUCCGAGUAGACAGGUCGACGCCUGCAACUCCCGCGCUGCACAAUGCAAAGGACUCACCCGUCAGCCUACAUGCUCGUUCAGAGAGCACUGAGGAACGCACGCCACAAACCCCAAACUCCCCCGCAAAGUCAAAGAACAAGGUUGCUAUCAUGCUCUCUAAGACUUUAAAAUAUGACGUGGAUAGCCGGAGGAGGUCAAAUCGUGCCGAGGUGGUAGAUCUUCACUAUGACAGGCUGCACAAUCCAGAGAACUGCUUCCACAUCGAGCUCAGCUGGAUGAACACGACUCCCAAACUGAUUGAAGACACCGUGCAUUCAUGGGCAUCCACAGCUGAUAAAUACGGUUUGAAGCUUGUCCAAGUCCCUAUCGCCGAGGGUUGCGCGAUCGACAAGACCCAACCCUUCCGAAAGCCAUAUCGGAUCAAGCUGAAGAUCCCACCACCCAAGGCUCCAGUGCAUAACUUCUUCAGCAAUGGCACUUUCGCCCAACCUGGCCCUCCAGAUCGUCUCUACUACGAAAAAUGCAUCCUACGCAAGUUUGACUUUGUCUUGGAUUUCGAAGAAAGCACUGCAUUCCCUGCCGACGUGGAAGUGUCAUUCUCCUGGGGCAAACCCGACUUCAAGUACCCGCAGUUCAUCCACCGCUCCGGCAGCCUCCUGGCCCAGAUCACCGACGAGGGAGACUUCCUUCUGCUAGCGAACCGUCUCGUGAGCACCCGCAGCUCCGCAUCUCGCGAUACUCGUUUCGACCCCAGGGCAGACUUCCGAGGCCGAGACCCGAUCGAUCGCUCCCAUGUCCCAAUCAACACCCCUACCAUUGACUCGGCGAACCUGUACCGCGCCCCCGAGCACAUCCUGUUCGCGCUGCAGGACUUCUGCCACGAUGAAACGCUACUAGGCCAGUUCUAUAACGAGUGCCAUCUCCAUCCUGUCUCGACGAAGGCUGAGCCUGCUCCUGCUGCUCUGAUGGAUACUUCAAUUCCCUCGCUGGAACUCCCUGCUAGCGUUGUCAGUCAUCAUAUUUCGCCGCCGCCUGGAAUGCCUUCCAGAAUCACGCCCGAGUCGCGCGAUGGGCGCGAGUCGAAGGAUUUGUUGAAGUCGCCCGAUUCAUUGCGUGCGAGGGCUCGUGGCGAUAGUCUGAGCUACAGGGAUAGUCCGCGGAGUGGCGCUCUCCGACCACUACGUGGAAUUGGCGAAUAG